AUGGCUUCAAAACAACCACUAUCGGAAGAAAAUAUUACUCGUUUACUGUUAGAAGAGGAUGAUACGAGCAUACCGGAGGAUUCAUGCAGUGAAAAUGAAGAUAAUUUAGAAGAUGAUUAUGUGGAAAGUGAUGCUCAAGACGAGUCAUCAGAUCGCGAAGAUAGCUCACUAAAUAUUCCUGAGCCGUCUACAUCGAUGUCACAAACACCACUUGAUUUGGGUCAAGAAAAUUCAAGUUCAAAUACUAACAUAUUGACAUUGACACAAAGUAAUAUCCGUGGUAAAAACCGUCAUGUUUGGGCCACCAGCAAAGGACGUUCUACAGGCAGAGCGGCGCCUAUUAAUAUUAUUCGGGUUGCUAGAGGACCAACUCGAGCUGUUAGGGGAAUUGUGGAUCCACUGGUUGUCAGCACACCUAAUUAG